GGCGCCUCCUCCGCACGCUCUGCAGCUCCACCUUCAGGAUGGGCGACUCGGCCUCCCGGCUGCCGCAGAAGGAAGAAGCGCUCCCCGGCAGGAACCAGCGCAUCCCGGUGGCAGAUAAACAUCACGUCAAUGGAAAUAGAAUGGUAGAACCUUUCCCAGAGGGAACACAGAUGGCUGUAUUUGGUAUGGGCUGUUUCUGGGGAGCCGAGAGGAAGUUUUGGACACAGAAGGGAGUCUACUCCACUCAAGUGGGUUACGCAGGAGGGUAUACUCCAAAUCCUACCUACAAAGAGGUCUGUUCAGGUAAAACUGGCCACACAGAGGCUGUACGAGUAGUAUAUCAGCCAGAAAACAUCAGCUUUGAGAAACUGCUCAAGGUCUUCUGGGAGAAUCAUGACCCAACACAAGGCAUGCGACAAGGUAAUGACUUUGGCACGCAGUAUCGCUCAGCCAUCUACACGUUUUCUCAGGAACAGAUGGAAGCUGCCUUGAGAUCUAAGGAAGAAUACCAAAAGGUAUUGACGGAGGGUGGUUUUGGUCCCAUCACAACAGAAAUCCGGGAGGCUCCGGAGUUUUAUUACGCCGAAGAUUACCAUCAACAGUACCUCAGUAAGAACCCCAGCGGAUACUGCGGCCUUGGGGGAACAGGGCUUUCCUGCCCUAUUGGGAUCAAGAAAUAGCCUGCGCUUACUCCACCACCUCCACUUUGGUUUAGGGAGUUUGGAAAAAGACCGACAACCCUAAUAGGUGUUGCAGUACGCCCACAGCAUCGGCGCAUAAAGAUUUGGGAACCUGUUGGGUCGGCUUUCCGUAAUCUGAGCAGUUUCCCAUUCACCGACACUAAAAGCCAAAGUAGAGGCAGAAAUUGCACCUGUUGGCAAAUGCAGCUUCUUGCUCUGUGCAGCUCACUGGGUUUCCUUGCAAUCUUGUAAUCUGGAGAGAAAAGAAACUUCUAAAAAUUUGGCUUGAAAUGCUGUUAAAAGGAUGAAUUAGGAGGUGGUUGCACCUGCUAACUGCUUUGCAUAGCUAAUGCCUUCAGACGUGUUUAUUUUCUUGGGUUAAUGAAUUUGCUCCGGUUAUGAGAGCUUUGACUUCUGGAGGCAUGGUUGGGCUCAUCUUAACUGUCACAACCCUGUAAUUUGAUGUCUUUGAAAAUGGUGAAUUUAUAAGAUCAGUAAUUCUCUUACAAUCCCACUUUCACAGCAAUGUGUAAUAUCACCUAUAGUGCCUAUUUUCUGAAACAAUUUUAGUGAGAAAAUGUAAAGAUUGUAAUGUGAUACUUCCUUUUGACAGUUCCAAAAAGUGUAUAAACACAAAAAGAAAUCAAUUUUGUUUCCUGCACUACA